UUCUAAUGGUAACGAUAUGGGAUGUGGUGUGUUAGUUAUAGACGAACUACAUUAUGGAAAUGAACAAUUUCGAGGAAAUGGAGCUUCAAGACCAGAAAAAAUAUCUUUCCAGAAUGCUAAUUAUCUUAGCCGAUAA